CGUCAGCCUGGGAUUACGGGAUGUGGGCUGGCCCUGUGAUAUCCAUGGCUAUCCUCCAACUCUGUCUCAAUAGGACCUCAGCUGCGGUUGUCGGUGUGUCGUCGAGCGCAGACGGGAGCGUUUCAGCGAGAUCACACGCAGUGAACGACUGAGCCGGACCGGUUUUUUCGGAAUAAUAACAGUCUUCCUCCGGCUGUGGACUCGACACGGGAGGACAGAUGCGGGAUAAAUCUGCGGUUAUCUGAGCAGAAGAGAGGAUGGAUUCCUGAGGAGAGAGACGAAUGAAACACACACAAGAAGAAAAUCAAAAUCCGACCUUGCCAUGGAUGCGAGAGCGCAGUGAUGCUGUGAGUGAAUAAAGUCGGGUGAAAUCUUUAUCUUUAUUUACAGAUAUAAAGAACAAAAAUCAGAUAAGUUGUGCGGUGUAGUGAUUGAGCCUUUCCACCGGAUCGGAUGCGGCAGAUGUUAGUUUGCUGAGGACGGGUUCACUGAUCCUGAGGACCGAGCAGACCCCCCCUUCCCUCCUCUCUGUACCCCGUUGGAGGAUGGUCCCCGGGGCCCCCAGCACCACCACCACCAUGCUCCCCGCCUCCGAGGCUGCCAAGAUCUACCAGACCAACUACGUGCGCAACUCCCGCGCCAUCGGCGUCCUGUGGGCCAUCUUCACCAUCCUCUUCGCCAUCGUCAACGUGGUGUGCUUCAUCCAGCCGUACUGGAUCGGGGACGGCGUGGACACCCCGCAGGCGGGCUACUUCGGUCUGUUCCACUACUGCAUCGGGAACGGGCUGUCCCGGGACUUGACCUGUCAGGGCAGCUUCACCGAGUUCAGCGCCAUCCCCUCCGGUGCGUUCAAGGCCGCCUCCUUCUUCAUCGGCAUGUCCAUGGUGCUGGUGCUCACCUGCAUCGGCUGCUUCGCGCUCUUCUUCUUCUGCAGCACCGGGACCGUGUACAAGAUCUGCGGCUGGAUGCAGCUGGCGGCAGGUACGUGUCUGAUUCUGGGCUGCAUGAUCUACCCGGACGGCUGGGACAGCGACGAGGUGAAGCGCAUGUGUGGCGAGCAGACGGACAAGUACACUCUGGGGGCCUGCUCGGUGCGCUGGGCCUACAUCCUCGCCAUCAUGGGCAUCAUGGACGCUCUCAUCCUUUCCUUCCUGGCCUUCGUCCUGGGAAACCGCCAGGACGGUCUGAUGUCUGAGGAGCUGCUGGGAGACAAGAGCGGCAACAACGCCAUAUAACACCUGCAGCAUGUUGAAGCAGUCACACACACACAGGUUCUUGCUGCCUUGUGACUUCAGGAUCCAGCCUCCUUCUCCUGGUCCAACCUGUGGCUGAGAUGAUGGCAGAGCUGAUGUGUGGGGAAAGAACCGAUCAACGAAGAAGAAGAGGAAGAAGAGGAAGAGGAGGAGGAGGUCUACAAGAGGCCUUACUGGAGAUCAAGACGCCUCUUAAUUGUUUCUCCCUCUGUAAAAUACCCUUUUCAUUCAUCUCAAACUGCUCAGUUUUGCAGGAUGAAUCCCCCCAAAAAGACUCUCAAUGUGUUGUCACUGCAUCAUCUUAAACCCCCCCUGAACUGAAAUGUGGAAGUGAGGAAGAAGAAGUGCAAAGGUUCAGCUGAAGAUAAAGAAAAUAAAGAGCUUUUAUGUGUUGAUUCAGCUCCAGGACACUUGUUGGACAGCGACAUGCGCUCGAACCGAAAAUCGAAUCAAGAACAAAUUAUCCAGACGUCGACUGACACAAAUUAAUGAACUGAACAAGACUUUGAGGUCGAAGCUGUCAGAUCGUCUUUCUUGUCAAAGUCAACGAACUCCUCCUGUGAUGGAGUUUGUCUUUGACGCCGUCUCGAUCGGCAAAAGUUACGACUGAAGAAGAAAACGACAGAAAGACGGCCGCUGUUUUUGUUAUAGUUAAAUGUUUGAUGUGAUCGAAUCAAAAGGUAGUAAUUUAGAGGAUUUUUCUGGUGACAACUUGAGAUACUAAAUAUCAGUCGUACCGAGUCUAUAAAAUCUGUGUGUAGCUGUGUGUUGAUUAUGUCCGUGUACUGUGUCUUGACUUUGAAAUGUGCACUUUUAAAACGUCAAGCUAUUGGACCAUUAUUAGUGUGUGCCAUACAGUAUCUUGUAAUCUGACAGUAUUGUGGAGUACUAAAAGGGCUUAUAAGAAAAAAAAAGCUGGGUAGAUUUGACUCUUUGUUGUAGUUUCGUGUCAUUAUUCUUCACUUCUUACCAGCUAAAACAAAAGAGCAAGCUAUUAUAACACACGAGGAGUGAGUGAAGCUAACAUUAUAAUUAUUAUUAAAAUGAACAUUUUUAAGGUAAAAAGUUUUGUGAUAUGCUUCCUGGUGAGAUGAGACGACUGAAAGCUUAAAUCAAUCAAGCUAGCAGCUGCUUAGCUUAAUUUAACACUGAAACAUAACUGGAAGCAGUGUAACAGCUAGCCUAGCCUAGCCUGCUUCAAAAUCCACAUUCAAACGCCUCUAAAGCUCGACAAACAUGCUAGCCAAGGAUGUAGCUAACGUUAUGCUAACACCUGUAAAAAAAGGGGGGGAAUUUUAAACAAACUUUAUAUGACACAGUGCACUGUACAGGUCCUGGGAUGUAAACUGUGUUAGCAUUUAGCAGAGACAAUUUGGCUGUCGUCCCAUAUCUACAUUUAUGCUAGCUAAAGUUGCAUUUCCACGGGGACUAGACGCUUCUGGAAGGACUUCUAGGGCUUUUAUUGCAAGGACCAGAAUCUAAAUUAUAUUCCAGGGUAAAUCCACCUUCAGUCGCCAUUUAAGUUCACAAAAGGUGUGUAAAAAAUUUACAAAAAAAUUGCAAUAUAUAGGCAGUGGUGUCAAAUUGUCCCAUUUACACUGUGGCUUUUAUACCAAGGUUUCAAAAGUACAUAAACUUUGUAGGUGCAGCUCUGUACAUGUCUGAUUAAUCAAGUACAGCUACACAUUUCAUUUCAGCCACUAUUUUUUAAAUCAACCAACUUAUUUUUUGUCCAUUAUGCUACGACAUAUCAGCAUGGAGUUAUAAUGGACGCAUACAACAGACAGACGAUCGUAUAGUAGCAUCAGUUAGCAUGAGUGCUAAAACCUGGAAAUCUGUUUGCAUUUUUGUGCUUCCUGUCUCCUCGUCUCUAAGUCAGUGGGUUUUUGGUAAGAUGGCCGAAAUUCAUAAGAUUUUCAUGUUUAGUACAUAAAAUGUCAGUUAAUGCACCACACAUGAUUUAUAAAAUGUAACAUGUCUUUAAAAGGUGGUUACUAACAAGUAGUUAAAUGAAACUACAGAGGCUGUCAAGGACAAUAAACGUCGAACACAGAGAGUCAUCUACUCACUACUUUGUCUUUACAGGCAGAAGUAAGUAAGUAUCAUGAUCAUAGCAGUUUUUUCAGCUAUAAUCCAAAAUCCAAUGAAAGCAAUGAAGGAUGUUACAGCCUAGCCUACAAAUAAACGUCAUACCUCUCUAUUAAAAAAGGUGGUGGAAACACAGUCAACAGGUUGAAGGAACCUUUUUAGUUCCUUGUAGUUAGUAGUAGAAGUUACUCCGACUAAAAGUAGUGGAAAUGUGGCUUCAGCUAACCAGAUAACAGCGUUGUAUGAGAGCGGUAGGCUAUCGUAAAGCUUAGCUAGCAGGCAACAACUCUCAACAAGAAAAUUGAGGCUGAUAUUUAAGAAAAAAAAGUGAACUAAACCUUCACUUUUCUGAGACAAAACAUAAUUUUUCCCAACCUAAACCAAAGUGUUGUUUUGUACCUCAACCUAACAAGAGCAUAAACACAACACUGUCAAACGUAAAAUAUAAAAUCUAACUUAGAGAAACACCAAGUUGCAGCAUAUCCGUGGUUUGCAGAAACACACAGUGCCACAACAUCUAUUCUGCCGGUUGUGUUGGCGGAAGGUUGGAGCCGCAGCAAAGACUCCACGGGGGAUUUUGUGAUGCUUGUCCUCGUUACGGUGAAGGGCAGGAGCGGCAUCAUAAUCAUCAAGGACCCAGAGGAAUGACUAACGCCGGCCAAGAUGGGAAAAAAAUGAAAAAUAAAAAAUCAGCUUUGACAUGCACACAGGCUCCUGGAUCAGAGGCGGAGGUGUACUUGGCCAUCUGCUCACAUGAAUCCUCGCGGCCUACAGGGGCGCCGAGCUCGUCUAACGGGAGACAUCACAGUCGCUCUGCUAGAUGAGGCUACAAGAUGUCUGUCGUUUUCACACGAACAGGAUUAGAGCCGCUCUCUCGGCCCCGGGAGGCCGCAGCGGUCACGCAACUAGACAACAAAUCUAAUGGGUUUAAAAAUGAAGGAGACGACUUUGCUAUUCUUUACACGAUAACGGCAGAAAAUGUCACGAUUCGACUGAGGGAGGCGGCAGGGAAAAGGCCACGCUGUCAUCUAAAUCAGACGAUGCUUUCCUCUGUACGGUGGCCAUUUUAGGACAUCUCAGACCCUCAGUUACCGCCAUUAUAAGCUGCACUUUAAACUGAAUACAUGUGUGCUGAAGUUAGCAUUUAGCUCACUAACAGACGCGGUCAUUUAGGGCUGAAAAGAACAUCUGUUUGAUCGUCGUUUCAUCUGAUGAAUGGUGUAUUUCCUUAAGCACUGUGUUCAACUUAAGGUUAUCAGAAAUCUUUUAAAAAGUUAAUUAUACGUUUGAUAGUAUCUGAAGUACCCAAGCUAUGAAAUCAAACAGAUAUACAGUCAGGUUUGCAACCCAAGGCUGCACAGAUAUUCAAAUUAUUUUUAAAAAUGUGUUAUGUUACUUUUUCUGUUCCAACGCCUUGUGCAGGAAAAACUUUAUCCUAUUUUGCAACAGCAUCAAAAGAGGUAUAUCACGUAUUGUUUAUUUUACUAAUUCUGUAUCCAGUCAUCUUCGGUCUGAAUAAAACCCAAAGAUAUUCAGCUUGAAUGAUAUAAAAUGGACACAAACAGCGAAUCCUCACAGCUGCAGAUCUACAACCAGAGAUUUAGAGAGUUUUUGCUCUAACUGUUAAUCAGUUAUUAAAAUAGAGCAACUGUUCCAGCACUGAUGUGGUUGAUUGAAUCUCCAGGCUCGACCCCGUUAUGCAAAGUGUACUUCAGUGCAUGAGGAACAUUUCCAAAAUUAACUGUCAACUGUACUCUUCUUCUUUAUAUUCUUCUACUUUCCAAGGGUGAUUCUUCUACUUUAAUGUCAUUCCAAAAAUAUUUUAAAGUUCACAUGGAUACAAAAGUGAUCUUUCUUCAUCAGGUCACGAUAUCAGUGAGCAACAACGUAACGACUGGAUUGAUAAAGCGUGUGUACGUGUGUUUCUGCUUCAUGUCAACGUUAAUGUUUGUGGAUGUUGUUGCCCAACAAAUGAACUUAAGUUAGUUUGGUUAUCAUUUACAGAUUUGCUGUUAACUGAACACCAUUUCUCACAGGUAGGUGUUAGGGCUGAAAUGAAUGAUUACUUUUUUCACUUUUCAUCGUGUUACAAUCAUUUUCUCAAUUAAUCAGUAAGCUGUUGUUGUUGAAAUGUUUUGUUUUAUCCACAACCCAAAGAUUUUCAGUUUACUGUCAGCCGGGAGCAAACACACCCAGAACAUGUUCACAUUUAGGAAGCUGGAAUCAGAGAAUUUUGGACACUUUCUCUUUUAAAAAUGCCUAAAAAUAAUUCUGAAGGUAUUUAUUGAUUUGGACUUUGUGUAUUUCUGCAGUUAAAAGCUUUUUGGUGUGCUUGAACGUUUCCCCGUCUUCUCCCCAUGAAGCUGAGCGGACAUUUGUCAAAAGAAGUUGGAAGCUGGAGACGGUGACACAAACGUUCCCAGAGACACAUGUCACGACAAGUUGUAUAAAACUGUCAUUACAGUGAUUUAUUAUAAUGAACCAUGAAAAUAGCCAACCAGUGCAGUGUCUGUGAGUCUCUCCUCUCCACACAAACAUACACUCACACACACAAAUAAUAAAAAAAGACAAAAGUUGAAGAGUCCAGAGAGAGAAGGGGGAGGGGGGAUAAAAUAAAAAUAAUGCUACAGUCACAGAAACAUUCAGCUUUGCCAAGAAGAGCGUUCGUAUGUACAACCAUAUUUCAAAAUGGGAUGGGAGCGAAUUGUACAAGCAUAGAAAAGAAAAGAAGCAAAUAUUUACAACCUGUUCCUGGUGAAAGCUGGAGUAACCACCUAUACAUUAAAUUACACUUUCUACAAAUAACCAUUGAUAUUCAAAAAUAAACCGCUAACGUCCUACCUGCGGGCAAGACCACUCUGCCUACCUCAGAAGCACUCGUUAGAACGCAACCACACUCGCGCACUUUUCCUACUCCUUCACACCCAAUCACACACAGGCGUACACACAAUCACACGAUCUCACACACGCA